CGAGCCGCUGCGCCGCCAUUUUGUCUCUGUCACUUUCGGCGGCGCGAUCGGUUCGGGAGGAGAGGCGGCGGCGGACCCGGUACUUGGCGAGGGGGGAAUCGGUCAGGAGGACACGAUGAUAUCGGCCGCCCAGCUCCUAGAUGAGCUUAUGGGCCGGGACAGAAACCUGGCCCCGGAUGAGAAACGCAGCAACGUGCGGUGGGACCAUGAGAGCGUUUGUAAAUACUACCUUUGUGGCUUUUGCCCUGCUGAAUUAUUUACAAACACUCGUUCUGAUUUAGGUCCUUGUGAAAAAAUUCAUGAUGAAAAUCUCCGUAAACAGUAUGAGAAGAGCUCUCGUUUUAUGAAGGUGGGCUAUGAGAGAGACUUCUUGCGCUACUUGCAAAGCUUGCUGGCAGAGGUGGAGCGCAGGAUCCGAAGAGGCCAUGCUCGCUUGGCACUCUCACAGAAUCAGCAGUCUUCUGGGGGAGCAGGACCUACUGGCAAAAAUGAAGAAAAGAUUCAGGUGUUAACUGACAAAAUUGAUGUACUUCUACAACAGAUUGAAGAACUAGGUUCAGAGGGGAAGGUGGAAGAGGCACAAGGAAUGAUGAAACUUGUUGAACAGUUAAAGGAAGAGAGAGAACUGCUGAGGUCUACAACUUCAACAAUUGAGAGCUUUGCAGCCCAGGAGAAGCAGAUGGAAGUUUGUGAAGUUUGUGGAGCCUUUUUAAUCGUGGGAGAUGCACAGUCCAGGGUAGAUGACCACUUGAUGGGAAAGCAGCACAUGGGUUAUGCCAAAAUAAAAGCUACUGUAGAAGAUUUAAAAGAGAAGUUACGAAAAAGAACAGAAGAGCCUGACCGUGACGAGAGGUUAAAAAAAGAGAAACAAGAGCGGGAAGAGAGAGAGAAAGAGAGGGAGCGGGAAAGGGAGGAGCGGGAGAGGAAGAGACGGCGUGAAGAGGAGGAGAAGGAAAAGGAGAGGGCUCGUGACAGAGAGAGGCGCAAAAGGAGCCGCUCCCGGAGCAGGCACUCGAGCAGGACCUCUGACAGACGCUGCAGCCGCUCCCGAGACCACAAGCGCUCGAGAAGCAGAGACAGAAGGCGCAGCAGGAGUCGUGACCGCAGGAGAAGCAGAAGCCACGACAGGUCAGAAAGGAAGCACAGGUCUCGCAGCAGGGACCGGAGGCGAUCGAAAAGCCGGGACCGGAAAUCAUACAAGCACAGAAGCAAAAGCAGAGAGAGGGAGCAAGACAGGAAGUCAAAAGAAAAAGAAAAGAGGGGAUCUGAUGAUAAAAAAAGUAGUGUGAAGUCCAGUAGUCGAGAAAAACAGAGUGAAGACACAAAUACAGACUCGAAGGAGAGUGAGACUAAGAAUGAGGUCAAUGGGACCAAUGAAGACAUUAAAUCUGAAGUGCAGCGUAAGUAUGCACAGAUGAAGAUGGAGCUAAGCCAAGUAAGAAGACAUACUAAAGCACCUUCUGAAGGAAAGGACAGUGUAGUCCUGCAAAACAUUUUGAGGUACAUUGUUUUGUCUCAGCUCUUUUGUAGCAGACUCGUGCCCCCAUUAGUGUGCCUCUUUGGGACGUAUCUGUAAUGUAGCCACCACUAGAACAAUGAAUGGUCCUUUUUUAUUUGUAGGGAAUUUGUUCUCUCUUUUUUUUUUUUUUUAAGUUGAACUGUUUUUGUAUUUAAGUCCAUAUUGUGUUGGUACAUUGGCAGAAACUUUUGCUGUAACUCUUAAUAUUUGAGGCACAUGUUGGACUACUUUGUUUUCAUAUAAACUGCUGGUAUUUCUUUGUCAAGGAUGUUUCCAGUUUUUUGCUUUAUUGCCUUGCAUUCUAAUGCAGUUUGUUCUGUAACUCGAGAGCCAGUAGCAUUGGAUUGAUGGAAGUGUAGGGUUUAUGAAUUAUUGCAGCUGACUACCAUACCUCACACAGCGUUGGUGUUGUGAGCGGCCCAUGAAAAGCCAAAUUAAAAAUCAAGGAUUCAGUCAAACUAAGCAGGUACUCAUGCCAGGUACUCCUUUCUCUACCCACAUCCAUGUUUGAAUGCUGUUGCCUGUACUCUUUAAGCUUACUGUUGUGUUUUUGAUUUUCGAGCUAGUGGGAAGGACUUUGUGUAUUGUGUGACCUCUGUAACCCCGAUGUUAACAGACUGGACUUUCUUCCGACUGUGUGUAGGGACGCAGUGCUGCCCAGAAUUAGAUAUCUUUAAGAGUUUAAAAUGCAAUAAACACUGCGUAGUAACCGCCUUGUUACUUUCAAUGCAAUUCAAGUCUUUCAGAGGUAUGUCUUUAAUAUUUCCUACUGUGUAGGAGCGUGCAGCCAGCCAGAGCACAGGGCAGCGGGAUGGCUGGUGACAGCCUGCUCCGGCCAGUGUAGAUACAGACAGAUGCCACCAGAUGUUGGCAGUGUCCGUGGCAGGGAUGUAUGCAGAGAAACUGGCUGUUGGACAUGAACCAGCUAAAGGAAUGCAAAUGCUGUAUGAAAGGAAAACAUGAAGCUUUUUCCCCACUCUUGACUUAGCUUUUUUGCUCUUACAGAAGGUCUUUAGCUGUAUUCCUGAAGUAAGGCACUAACAGUGGAGAGUGCAGCUGAUAAAUGAGCUUCUUGCAACCUGAGUUGUUACUGUAGUUUCAUGAUUUAUGCUAGGAACUCUUAAAGAUGAGCGAACCGUUAAUGUUGCGUUGCUGCUGCUAAAGCCAGGCCUGUUCAAUGUUGCCAUUUCUGUAGAGUUAAGAUGACAGCUAACAACUGGGCCAGUGUAUAGGAGUGGCAAACAAACUGCUCCUUCUGCUCUCUAAUUGUCUCUUUUCCCAACGUUUUGCAUUCUAGGACUGCUACGUGAGGAGUCUGUGAAGGCAGAGGAAGACAGCUUAAACUGAAGAUCUGCUUUAAAAUGAGGUGACAGAAAGCUGUAGUGGCGUAGAAAAUUAUAAAGUUGAGUUAGCAGUUUUUAUUUUUUUUUUUUAUAUAUAAAAUUUAAUGCAGGACUGGUGUUCCCUCCCAGAGUCAGAAAGAUGUGUUGAUACUGGCACAUAUGCUACUGAGUAUAUAAAGUCCUGUAUCCUUUCU